AUGUCGAAGCGAAAAUUCGGAUUCGAAGGCUUUGGUAUCAAUCGCCAGCCAACAUACAAUUUCGAGCGAUCUCAACCGCCUCAACGCUUAUACGUCCCUCCUUCCUCUCGCGGCGGUGGCGACGACGACGCCGACCUCGACAAUAUCGAGUAUGCCGACGAUCGAGACACUUCGAAUGAUGUCCUGCCUGCCGACGGCACCGAUGCUGCUGCCGAUGAAGACGAAAUCGAUCCUCUGGACGCGUUCAUGGAGGGAUUACAGGAAGAGAUAAAGGCAGCGGCGCCGCCGAAGGCGAAGGAUAAGCUGGACAAGUACAAGGAUGACGUGGAAGAUGAUCCGUUGGAGAUUUUUAUGAAGGCAAAGAAGGACGUGGGUCUGCAGUUGGCCGCAGAUGCUUUGCAGGCUGGGUACAAUUCUGACGAAGAGGUUUAUGCGGCGGCAAAGGCGGUGGAUGCUGGGAUGGUUGAGUAUGAUUCUGAUGACAACCCUAUUGUUCUUGAUAAGAAGAAAAUCGAGCCGAUUGCUGCACUCGAUCAUAGUUUGAUUGACUACGAACCGUUUAGUAAGGAUUUCUAUGAGGAGAACCCUUCCAUUUCAGGUAUGAGCGAACAGGAUGUCUCUGAGUACAGGAACAGCCUAGCCAUUCGUGUUUCAGGAUUUGAUGUUCCACGUCCGAUUAAGAAUUUUGAAGAUUGUGGAUUUUCCACUGAGUUAAUGAAAGCCAUAGGAAAACAAGCGUAUGAGAAACCCACACCAAUACAGUGCCAGGCUUUACCUAUUGUUCUCUCUGGAAGAGACGUAAUUGGAAUAGCAAAAACUGGUUCAGGAAAGACUGCUUCUUUCGUCCUACCUAUGAUUACUCAUAUUAUGGAUCAACCUGAACUUCAGAAGGAAGAAGGUCCUAUUGGUGUGAUAUGUGCUCCUACCAGGGAAUUAGCUCAUCAAAUAUAUUUGGAAGCUAAGAAAUUCUCUAAAGCUCAUGGUAUCCGUGUCUCUGCAGUUUAUGGUGGAAUGUCUAAGCUUGAUCAAUUCAAGGAACUAAAGGCAGGAUGUGAGGUUGUUGUGGCUACUCCAGGGAGAUUGAUAGACAUGAUAAAAAUGAAGGCACUGACAAUGUUGAGGGCAACUUAUUUAGUACUUGAUGAGGCAGAUAGAAUGUUUGACCUUGGUUUUGAGCCACAGAUAAGGUCUAUUGUUGGUCAAAUAAGGCCGGACCGCCAGACGUUACUCUUUUCAGCUACCAUGCCUCGUAAAGUUGAAAAGCUUGCUAGGGAGAUCCUUUCUGAUCCUGUAAGAGUGACUGUGGGACAGGUGGGUAUGGCCAAUGAGGACAUUACCCAAGUUGUUCAGGUAAUUCCAUCAGAUGCCGAAAAGUUGCCGUGGCUGCUCGAAAAGAUUCCUGGAUUGAUUGAUGAAGGGGAUGUUCUUGUUUUUGCAUCAAAAAAGGCCACAGUGGAUGAAGUUGAAUCACAACUGGCGCAGAAAGGUUUCAAAGUUGCGGCACUUCACGGUGACAAAGACCAGGCUUCGCGCAUGGAGAUUUUGCAGAAGUUCAAAUCUGGGACAUUCCAUGUCCUUAUUGCAACUGAUGUUGCUGCUCGUGGUCUUGACAUUAAGUCAAUUAAAUCUGUGGUGAACUUUGAUACAGCUAAAGACAUGGACAUGCACGUGCACCGAAUUGGUAGGACGGGGCGUGCGGGUGACAAAGAUGGAACUGCGUACACUCUCAUAACACAAAAGGAGGCAAGAUUUGCUGGUGAACUAGUUAACAGUCUGAUUACUGCUGGUCAAAAUGUGCCUGCGGAGCUUAUGGAUCUUGCUAUGAAGGAUGGAAGGUUCAGAUCCAAACGUGAUGCAAGGAAAGGAGGUGGGAAAAAAGGUAAAGGGAGGGGAGGUGGGGGUAAAGGUGUUCGAGGCGUGGACUUUGGUUUGGGAAUUGGGUAUAACCCCGAAUCUAAUGCUGCUUCAAGCACUACACCUGCUCGCUCGACAGCCGUCAAUUCUCUAAAAACGGGGAUGAUGUCACAAUUCAGGAACAGCUUUGUUCCCGCAUCAUCUAAUUCCCAGAAUCAGUUUGGGCAGAACAAUACAGGGGCACAACAAGCAAACAGGAGGAUGGCUUUGCCUGGAUUUGUAUCUGGUGGGACUAUUGGUGGCGAUAUGCAUGCUGUAAAAAUCAACAGUACAAACACUAAUUCUCCCGCUUCAAAAGCAGCUAUGAUAAAGGCAGAGAAAGAAGGAGGCGCUCUGGCUGGGAUCGCUAAUAUACAUACGGAUCGAAUGAUAUGUCUGUUAGUGGGAACUGGGAAGCAAACUGUUUUUCGGUUCUUGUUCAGUUUCGUUUGGUGCAAUUGUAUUUUGUUGUAUAAUGGCCUUUUACUAAAAAUCUUCUUCUUAUUGGCCACAAAAUGUGCAGACAAGAAUAUAAAUUAUGUGACUGGAAUAUUCUCUAUUUCUCAAGCCUUUGGACAUUUUGACACGUCUAUUGUUGAGCUUCGGAAUUGGAUCGGCCGACCAUUAACCGAUGAGCCAUAUCGAUUAAUCCAUCGUAUCCGGACUUUUCCGAGUCCCAUCCAGACUCCUGAAAAUCCAUAA